AAAGAAGCUCACGGUUUAAACAGCAGGUUUUGUGUUGUUGUUAAUCAUUUAUAUUCUCUUCAUCAUUUAUGUGAUUAAUGUUUAUGUUUUUUUCUCGCUUAAUAUAUACGUUGCUGGUUUUUUGUUACCGGGUGCAUUCAAUUCUUGAUUUAUUUUAGUAUUCACGAUUUUUUUCUUGGUUUUACAAAGUUCAGAUGUCCGUCAUGAGGACACAGGUAGAUGUGAUGUGCUGUAAAUCAGUAGGAACGGAUCUGUCCAUGCUGGAUAUUGAUGAUUUAAUGACAGAAAUCUCUCAGCUGAAGAAAGAGGUGGCGUUAUUGGAGGCAAAGCUCAGCGAGAGAGACGAACUGAACAGAAAGGAUGUAUCUGGUGUCUCUCUCUGUGUCAUCACUGAUGAAACAUCUCCAGAGCUUCUGGUUUCUGUCUGUAAUGAAGAGGAGAAACCAUCAGUGAAUCUGCUGGACUGCAAAAUGGAGCUGAAAACAGAAAUCACUGAAACAGAAGAACAGACAGAUGAAGAUGAUUUAAUCUAUCCAGACCUGAUGAAGGUGAAGGAGGAAAUUACAGAACCGAAUGAAAUGGAGGAGAAACCUCAUCAUUUUAUAACUGAAGAAGAAUCGCAGAGCUGUUUAAAGACUGAGGAGAAUUUUUCACCAAAACAAUUUCAGGGAGAAACAGCCAAAGAUUCCCUUACAUGCUCUCAGUGCGGAGAUAUCUUCACUUGUGAAUACAGUUUAAACAGGCACACCAGACUUCACAUCAGAGAAAAGUCUUACAGUUGUGACCAGUGUGGAAAGACUUUCAUUUUUAAAUCCCACCUUACCAAACACAGGAAAGUUCACAAUGGAAAAAAGUCUUACAGAUGUAAUGAGAGUGGAAAGACCUUCAUUUGUAAAUUACACUUUAAUGAUCACAUGAGACGUCACACUGGAGUAAAGGUUUAUGAAUGUGACCAAUGUGGAAAGACCAUUCAUAAAUACAUUCAUGAUGAGCACAUGAGAAGUCACGCUAGAGAAAGGCCAUUCAGUUGUGAUCUGUGUGAAAAGACCUUCACUCGUAAAUCCCACAUGAACGAUCACAUGAGAAGUCACACUGGAGAAAAGCCUUACAGAUGUGAUCAGUGUGAAAAGAGCUUUGCACGUAAAUGUCUCCUUAGUAAGCACAUGAGAAUUCAUACCGGAGAAAAGCCUUACAGAUGUGACCAGUGUGGAAGGCGUUUUGCUCGGGCAGAUAAUCUGAAAUCUCAUUUUCUGUGUCAUUCUGGACUGAGACCAUUUCAGUGUGAACAGUGCAGUAGAACAUUCCUUUCUGUGCAUUACCUGAAGAGGCAUAUGAAGACUCAUGACUAAUGCACUCUCCUCCUCUAAAGAACACAAGAACACACCCACAGGUGUGACACCUCGCAUGUGUUUUGAGUGUGGAAAAGUCUACUACAUCUUGUCAAUUAAAACAGCAUCACAAACUUAAUUUCUUUUAAAGAGGAAUGUCUUCGAAACAAAUAAUGUUUAAACUAGAAAUGCAUAUUUUUUUCAUCUAUCAAAACAACUGCAUUGAACAUAACCAUUUGAGUGUUGUUUUGGCACUGAGUUACUUUGUGUUUUCUGUUACCCUGGAACAAGCUACAAAAUGGAUCAACAAAUAUUCAUAACUAAUACAAUUCUAAAAGAUUUUUUUUUGUAUUUUUCUGUGUUUUCUUGUAUAUUUGAAUAAAACCCAUAUUAUCUCUUCAUUUUGCUGUGAGGGGGUAACUGAAGGCAAACGAUUGUUGUCGAGCACAAGCUGACGCGUCACCUUCCAGUCCAGCAGGUGUCGCAAACGUACCACGUGUCGGAUAUACAGCACGCGAAGAAAGCAGCUCAGGCAGGCGUAGGAAGUGAUAAUGUGCGUGUUGUGUUUUCCUCUCUUACUAUAACUUUAUAGUUUUUACCGGACGCAUUAAACUCUUGAUUCACUGAGAGUUGUUGCUGUAUUGAGAGCUCUUAUAAAUUUAACACAGCUUCGCCACAAUAACAGUUGGUUAAUUGUUUAUUUUGUGUUCAGUUGUCCAUCAUGAGGUCUCAGGUAGACGUGAUGUGCUGUAAAUCAGUAGGAACGGAUCUGUCCAUGCUGGAUAUUGAUGAUUUAAUGACAGAAAUCUCUCAGCUGAAGAAAGAGGUGGCGUUAUUGGAGGCGAAGCUCAGCGAGAGAGACGAACUGAACAGAAAGGAUGUAUCUGGUGUGUCUGUAACAUCUCCAGAGCUUCUGGUUUCUGUCUGUAAUGAAGAGGAGAAACCAUCAGUGAAUCUGCUGGACUGCAAAAUGGAGCUGAAAACAGAAAUCACUGAAACAGAAGAACAGACAGAUGAAGCUGAUUUAAUAUAUCCAGACCUGAUGAAGGUGAAGGAGGAAAUUACAGAACCGAAUGAAAUGGAGGAAAAAACUCAAUUUUUUUUAACUGGAGAAGAAUCGCAGAGCUUCUUAAAGACUGAGGAGAGUUUUUCACCAAAACAAUCUCAAAAUGAAACAACCGAAGAUUCUCUUACAUGCUCUCAGUGCGGAGAUAUCUUCACUUGUGAAUACAGUUUAAACAGGCACACCAGACUUCACAUCAGAGAAAAGUCUUACAGUUGUGACCAGUGUGGAAAGACUUUCGUUUUUAAAUCCCACCUUACCAGCCACAGGAAAGUUCACAAUGGAAAAAAGUCUUACAGAUGUGAUGAGUGUGGAAAGUCCUUCAUUUGUAAAUUACACUUUAAUGAUCACAUGAGACGUCACACUGGAGUAAAGGUUUAUGAAUGUGACCAAUGUGGAAAGACCAUUCAUAAAUACAUUCAUGAUGAGCACAUGAGAAGUCACGCUAGAGAAAGGCCUCACAAAUGUGACCAGUGUGAAAAGACCUUCACUCGAAAAUCCCACAUGAACGAGCACAUGAGAAGUCAUACCGGAGAAAAGCCUUACAGGUGUGAUCAAUGUGGAAAGGUCUUUUCACGUAAAUGUCACCUUAGUAAGCACAUGAGAAUUCAUACCGGAGAAAAGCCUUACGUAUGUCUUCAGUGUGGAAAGAGUUUUGCUUGGGCAGAUAAUCUGAGAACUCAUCUUCUGUGUCAUUCUGCAGUGAGACCAUUUCAGUGUGAACAGUGCAGUAGAACAUUCCUUUCUGUACGUUACCUGAAGAAGCAUAUGAGGACACAUGCAGGUGUGACUAAUGACUAAACACAAGAAAACACACACAGGUGUGACAUCUCAUAUGUGUUUUGAGUGUGGAAAAGCCUUUACUACAGCUAGCCAAUUAAAACAGUAUCACAGAUUUCCUACGGGACAUAAACGUUACCCCUGCUCCUCAUGUGGACAGAUUUUCAGAGAAAGAUGUCUUGUGACUCACAGGAAGAAGUGUUGCAAAGACAACAAAAAUCUUCAAGAAACUGUUCAGACCACAGGAUCCCUAAGCGCUUCUGCUGUGGUCUGCUAAUACUUGUCUAGUAGUAAUUAAGUUUGUCAUUGUAAUAACUGCAAAAAAUUAGAAUGUUAGUUUAGCAAUGUUAAUAUUUUAUCAACAGUCUGAAUGAAUUUCUUUGUUGGGUCAUUCCGUGUCAAUUCAACCAGAGGUCACCGGGUCAAACUUUAGGGCCCGAUGUCAUAGGCAAAAAAUGACAUGAGAAAUAUGCCAGCAUCAUAAUUUUAUUUUUCCACAGAGAGUUGUAUAUGUUCAAACUGUUAACUUUAGCAAUCCUUUAUUCAUUUUAUGCCAAUGGUUACAGUUAACAAUGAGGAAAAAUCUUUUUGUGUGUGUAUGUUUUUUGCAUGUAUGUAAUUCAAGAAAUGUAAGAGAUACCUUAAUGUCCUUUUAGGUUCUUUUCUUUUUGGAACUACAUUUAUGAGACACUGUGGUUUAGUCCUAGAGAUAAGCUGUUAAAAUGUACGCAUUUUCAGUCAUCAAAAACCAAAUGCGAGUCAUUUUGUAAAAAUCUGGUACUUCAUUUCUUUUAAAGAGGAAUGUCUUGGAAACAAAUAAUGUUGAAACUAGAAGUGCAUAUUUUUAUCAUCUAUCAAAACAACUGCAUUGAACAUAACCAUUUCCGUGUCGUUUUGGCACUGAGUUACUUUGUGUUUUCUGUUACCCUGUAAAAAGGCUACAAAAUGAAUCAACAAAUAUUAAUAACUAAAAAAUCUAGUAAAAAUGUAUUAAAUGUUUACUUUGUUUCCUCUGAGCUUUUUGUUUUUCUGUUGGAAUAUAUUUGAAUAAAACCCAUAUUAU